UUCCUUUGAAGAGACGAGUCUGAGACUGGCAGGGACAGCUGUGCCCAACCGUGGGGGCUGGGGCUAAAUCUGGGAGUCUCGCACAAACCGAGACGUAUGCAUUUUCACUGACAAGCUGGGUACCUCUAUGUUAUCUUCUCACAGUUCUUAUGCUUGUUCAGCUGCAAGUCAGGAUCACAAGUCCCCUUCGGGAAAUCUAUAUCUCCUGGUUGAGUUUAACACCUGUUCAUUCACCCUUCCGGAAGCUCAAAUUCCUGGGAAACUAUGGACCUCAUGUCGCUGUAGCCUCAGCCUUGAUCUUUUAUGUGGAUUCUACUUGGCCGCUUAUCGAAUUUGGGUACCUAAGAUUUUAUGAACCUUCUGGGGUGUGGGAAUGGGUCAGGACCAAACCAAGCAGCAGAUCCAAAAAGGACUUCAGCUCUACCAGUCUAACCAGACGGAAAAGGCUUUACAGGUUUGGACUAAAGUUUUGGAGAAGACCACUGAUGCCGCUGGAAGAUUUCGGGUCCUUGGAUGCCUCAUAACAGCACAUUCUGAGAUGGGAAGGUAUAAGGACAUGUUGAAGUUUGCAGUGAUCCAGAUUGACACAGCCCGAGAAUUGGAGGACCCAGACUUCUUGACUGAGAGCUACCUUAAUCUCGCCCGCAGCAAUGAGAAAUUGUGUGAGUUCCAGAAGACCAUUUCCUACUGCAAGACCUGUCUGAACAUGCAGGGAACAUCUGUCAGUUUGCAGCUGAAUGGACAGGUGUCCCUAAGCCUGGGGAAUGCCUACCUCGGCCUCAGCGUGUUCCAGAAGGCCCUGGAAUGCUUUGAGAAAGCAUUAAGAUAUGCCCAUAACAAUGAUGACAAGAUGUUGGAGUGCAGAGUCUGUUGCAGCCUUGGAGGUCUUUAUACACAACUCAAGGACUUUGAGAAGGCCCUUUUCUUUCCGUGUAAAGCAGCUGAACUGGUCAACGACUAUGGGAAAGGCUGGAGUCUCAAAUACCGAGCCAUGAGCCAAUACCACAUGGCUGUCGCGUAUCGUAAACUUGCCCGCUUGACAGAUGCAAUGGAGUGUUGUGAGGAGUCUAUGAAGAUUGCUAUGCAGCACGGGGACCGACCGCUUCAAGCACUUUGUCUUCUGUGCUUUGCUGACAUCCACAGAAGUCAUGGAGACAUUGAGAAAGCGAUUCCUCGAUAUGACUCGUCCAUGAGCAUCAUGACGGAGAUUGGAAACCGUCUGGGUCAAACUCAAGUGCUGCUGGGAGUCGCCAAGUGUUGGCUGCAUCAGAAAGAAAUGGACAAGGCGCUGGACGGGCUCCAGAAAGCCCAGGAGUUGGCAGAAGAAAUAGGCAAUAAGCUCUCCCUGUUGAAGGUUCACUGUCUGAGUGAAAUCAUCUACCGUACAAGACAGCAGCAACGGGAGCUCCGAGAGCACGUCGUCAGAUUCCAUGAAUGCGUGGAGGAAAUGGAGCUAUAUUGUGGAAUGUGUGGAGAGUCUAUUGGAGAAAAGAACUGCCAGCUUCAGGCCUUGCCCUGUUCACACGUCUUCCACCUAAGGUGUCUCCAAACCAAUGGAUCUCGUGGUUGUCCCAACUGUCGCCGAUCUUCUGUGAAACCUGGCUUUGUGUGAGAAGAUGAAAAGGGGGAACCGGGUGAAAUCUAUUGACCUAUAUUCCAGGACCAGCUGGCAAAAGGAUCUGUUCAGCAUAAGUUUCAGUGGGCAGCAUUGGUGACUAGACAUGUGGUCUAGAAGACCAGGAAUCUAAUACUGGCACCUAGCCUCCGUCACACACAAUGUGUUACAUGAAAAGAGGUCAGAAAGCCCUCGCAGGAUGCGUAUGCGGAGCUAGUUAUUCUUGAAUUUUUUAAGUCUGUUUUUUACUUUAAGGAAGACUAAUAUCCUGUGUACUGAACAGGAAGAGUUUGAUUAGUGUUUUUGUAACUAUUGCUACCAAUGUCUAUGAAAUUCAUGUUAUCCAUGUGUGGUGGAGGUUUUCCUGUAGCUGAACUAAAGUCCUAGUAUGAUCAGUAUGGAGUAUGGUGAGAACCAGUAUGACCUAUUCAUCACCACAUGGCGGGAACCAGGAUGACCUAUAUGGUACACCGUCCUGAGAGCCAACAUGACCUGUAUGGCACCCCAUCAUGAUAGCCAACAUGGCCUGUAUGGCACACCAUCGCGAGAGCCAACAUGACCCUUAGGGCACGUCAUCAUGACAGCCAGCAUGGCCUGUAUGGCACACCAUCAUGAUAGCCAAUAUGGCCUGUAUGGCACACCAUCGCGAGAGCCAACAUGACCCUUAGGGCACGUCAUCAUGACAGCCAGUAUGGCCUGUAUG